AUGAUGGAUGACGUGAUUUCAGGCGUCGUGCUGGUGGUUGUUGAAGACGAUGAAUGGAUAGCUCGCGAUUCCAAUCAAUGUUCUGGAAAAUGCGAUGCCCUGCUCGCCCCUCCGGAGAGUGACGCCCAGAGAUGUUUCCUGCUGCACGUGCUAACCACAAAACUCAACUGUGAGUUUCUCUUAGACCGGUCGAUUGUCCAGAUGGAAAACCGUCGCGCAAGUCUUCGUCGGGCUUGGGUGUAUCUUCCACUGGUAAAGAUAUUGCGUCAUAACAGCGAGAUCAGACGUGAGUAUGCAGCUUAUCAUUUGUAA